AUGGUGUCGUUUAGUUUGGAUUUUGUGAGAACUAAAGCGGGGGACCUAAUGCAGAGCGCCAACGAUAAAAUUCAAAAUCCAGUAUCUCAGCGUCGACUGGUUCUUAUAAUAGUGUGUAUUGCACUUCUUCUAGAUAACAUGUUAUAUAUGGUGAUCGUUCCUAUUAUACCAAUAUAUCUACAAGACAUGUUUAGCAAUGAGGAGAGUAAAACUACAGCUAUGCCAUAUAUAAACAAUGUAACAUCAAUGUAUAAUUAUUCUUAUCUGUACAACAAAGACAAUCACUGGAAUAAAACACUAACAACAACUACAACAAAAGGUCCACUCGAUAUACCACCUCCACCAAUUAAUUAUGGUGAAGGUGGGGGUGCUAUUGGUAUACUUUUUGCUUCUAAAGCUAUUAUGCAACUGAUGAUAAAUCCAUUUACUGGUGCUCUCAUAGAUAGAAUUGGAUAUGACAGACCACUGAUGAUAGGUUUAACCAUUAUGUUCUUUUCGACAAUUGUUUUCGCGUUUGGAAAUUCGUAUGCAGUUUUAUUUCUAGCUAGAAGUCUUCAAGGGGUUGGUUCGGCUUUUGCAGAUACAUCAGGCUUUGCUAUGAUUGCCGACAGAUAUCGGGAAGAUUCAGAACGAACAAAAGCACUCGGAAUAGCUCAGUCAUUUAUAUCAUUUGGAUGUCUUGUAGCACCACCUAUCGGCGGUGUCCUGUAUCAGUUUGCAGGAAAAGUUGUUCCAUUCAUUGUCUUGGCGUCUUUUUGUUUAAUAGAUGGUAUUCUUUUGUUAUUCGUGAUGAAACCAUUACGUCAGGAAAGGCUUAUGACUUCAAAAGAGGAUCGCCCAAAAGGAACACCAAUAUAUAGAUUACUGAUGGAUCCUUAUAUUUUAGUAGCAGCUGGUGCAUUAGCAAUGUCAAAUGUUGCAUUAGCAUUCUUAGAACCAACUAUUGCUAUGUGGAUGGAAGGAACUAUGCAAGCCACACAAUGGCAAAUCGGUCUUGUUUGGCUACCAUCAUUUCUUCCUUAUCUGGGAGGUGUUUAUUUGACUAUAACGAUUGUAAGGAAUUUUCCUCGCUACCACUGGGUAAUUUGUUGCGUAGGCCUAGUUAUUGAAGGUGUAAGUUGCUUAAUAAUGCCAUUUACGGAGGCGUUUUUUGUAGUGUUGUUCCCAAUAAUGGGGAUUUGUAUUGGCGUAGCAUUAGUUGAUACAGCAAUAUUACCGCUUCUAGGAUACGUUGUAGAUGUACGAUAUGUUUCGGUGUACGGUAGUGUAUAUGCCAUUGCUGAUAUUUCUUAUUCGUUAGCAUAUGCACUAGGUCCUAUUGUGGCAGGUCAGAUAGUUCAAACAAUAGGAUUUACAUGGUUAAAUGUGGGUAUUUUUCUCAGCAAUAUACUUUAUGCUCCCUUAUUGUACAAAUUAAAGAACUUUUACGACUAUACACCAUUUACCAACGAAUGUGAUGUUCUUGUGUCUGAUCCACCAUCUAAACAUUACAAUACAUAUCUUCAAAACGGCUCGAUCACAGACGGAAAAAUGUCGGAAGUGGGCGCCAUCAAUGGAGAAAAUCACUUGAAAGUGACAAAUGGAAAAGCGAUGCACGCCAAAAAUGGUUAUCACGAUGACUCGGAGGAAAUAGACUACUUUGAAGCAAAACCAUCAGAACCAUUUUCCUUUUACAGUCGACAUUAA